CCAGGUCCCUUUGCUUCCAAUUAGCCUUUUCUUUGAACCAUCAAAAAGCCCAUUUGGCAAUUAUAUUCACCAAAAAAACACUCUCAUUGAGGAAAAACAAUAAUAAUGGCUUCUUUGUGUGCUUCUUCAGCCUCAACAGCUGUUUGUGCUUCUUCUCACAGUUCACAGAAGAAAGGCAGUGUGUUGGGAGCAACAAAGGCAUCAUUUCUUGGAGGAAAGAAGUUGAGAGACACCAAAUACAAGGCACCAACUGCCUCAAAGUCCUUCAGUGUCUCAGCAGCAGCAGCUGAACCAGAGAGGCCUAUUUGGUUCCCUGGAAGCACCCCUCCUCCAUGGCUUGAUGGAAGCCUUCCAGGAGACUUUGGCUUUGAUCCUCUUGGAUUUGGUUCUGACCCAGAGACAUUGAAAUGGAUGGUGCAAUCAGAACUAGUUCAUUGCAGAUGGGCUAUGUUGGGAGCAGCUGGUAUUUUCAUCCCAGAAUUCCUAACAAAACUUGGCAUCCUAAACACCCCUUCUUGGUACACUGCUGGAGAACUUGAGUACUUCACAGACACCACCACACUCUUCAUAAUUGAGAUGAUCUUAAUUGGUUGGGCCGAGGGCCGAAGAUGGGCCGACAUCCUCAAGCCCGGUUGUGUCAACACUGACCCAAUCUUCCCCAACAACAAGCUGACUGGAACUGAUGUGGGCUACCCUGGUGGGCUUUGGUUUGACCCAUUGGGCUGGGGUUCGGGCUCACCUCAAAAAACAAAGGAGUUGAGGACCAAGGAGAUUAAGAAUGGGAGAUUGGCUAUGUUGGCUGUUAUGGGGGCCUGGUUUCAACACAUUUACACUGGCACUGGCCCAAUUGAUAACCUCUUUGCCCACCUUGCUGAUCCUGGCCAUGCCACAAUUUUUGCUGCUUUUACCCCCAAGUGAUGAGAUGAAGAUCAAAUGCAUAGUUGUUGGUUGUUAUGGCCUAUGGGAUCAAAUAGGAAGUUCAAAAGGGUAUUUUCGGACAAGUACGAGGAAUCGGCACAAUUUGAUCGGUUUUUUAGUUGUUGCACCUACGAAUUGUUGGAGCUUUGUACAAAUACCUCUUGGAUUUAGUACAUAAUUAUGAAUAUUAUCAUCUAAUCUUAGAUUUACUCUCA